GAGGUGGUAAAUCAGCCAAGGCUUAUAUAAUGUGUCACAUCGCCUCGCCCUCCUGCAGCGGGAGUUUUUCUUCUGGGUGAUAUACAAUCUCUCAGUGCAUAUCCAGCUCCAGAGAGGUCCACCAUCAUGUUGUUCAGUCAGUGGGCUCUCCUCUUGACCGUGUGGAUGCUUCGUGUGGAGGUGUCGUCUUUUAACCUGGACACGCAGAACGUGAUGAACUUGCGUGGAGAAGCAGGCACUUUGUUUGGGUUUUCUAUGGCCAUGCACCAUCAACUCAAACCUUCAGAUGAGCGAGUAUUGCUGAUUGGAGCCCCUCGUGCUAAAGCAUUGCCCAAACAUAAUGCCAAUGUAUCUGGAGGUCUGUACAGAUGUAAAUUCACAACACAAUCUGAUGAUUGUGAACGCAUUUCCGUUGAUAUAAAAGAACGUCCCCAAAACAUUCCUGGACAAGAUCAUAGAGAAAAGCAAUGGCUGGGCGUCCGUGUCCGAAGUCAGGGACGAGGAGGCAAAGUAGUGACUUGUGCCCACAGGUACCAGGAUUGGAGUUUUGACAACCGGCGGUUAUUGGGCAGAUGUUUUGUCAUGGAACAGGACCUUACCUUAAUGACAGAUGGAGCGUCCACAAGAACAAUUUGUAAGAAUCGGGAACCAGAAAAGCACAAGUUUGGCUACUGUCAACAAGGUGUCUCUGUAGCAUUUUCCAAAGACAACAAAUAUCUUGUUUAUGGAGCUCCAGGAGCAUAUGACUGGACAGGCAUUGUGCACAUGGAGCCUGUUAAUGACUUCUCUUUAGAGACCUAUGAAACGGGAGAUUAUAAUCAGCCUCAACAAAAGCUUAUUUCUGUGGACAUCAGCAGCCUUUUAGGCUUUGCUGUCGAUACUGGAAUGAACCUAAUGAAAAAAGGAGAGUUGAAUGUUGUGGCCGGGGCUCCGCGAUCCAACUACAGCGGGGAGGUUUUGCUGCUGAGACCAGAAGAAAAUGCAGAAUCAAGGAACCUAAAAGCUGAGUACAUCCUUCAAGGCCCAGGUUUGGCCUCCUCCUUUGGCUAUGACCUCGCUGUUCUUGACUUAAAUGGAGAUGGGUGGGAUGAUCUUGUUGUGGGUGCACCCGAGUUCUCCAAUAAAAGCAUGGAUGAAGAUGUAGGAGGAGCUGUGUAUGUUUACAUCAACCAACCCAAAGGGCAGCGCUGGAAGCAAAUCAAACCAGUGUGUCUAUAUGGGAAAAGGGACUCCAUGUUUGGACUAGCAGUGGCGCAUAUUGGGGAUAUCAAUCAAGAUGGAUACCAAGAUUUUGCAGUGAGUGCUCCUAAUGAGGAUACAGGGAGAGGUCGGGUGUACAUAUAUCAUGGUUCAGCUGCAGAGUUUCAUCAAAAACCAGAGGUUUUAGAUGCUGGAGUCCCUAGUAUCAAAUCGUUUGGUUAUUCUUUGGCUGGAAACAUGGAUAUAGAUGAUAAUGGCUAUCCAGACCUUGCUGUGGGUUCACUUUCAGAUAGUGUGCAAAUUUAUAGGACUAAACCAGUGGUAAACAUAAAAAAGACCUUAACAUUAACACCAAAUAGUAUUGAUUUCGAGGACUGCAAGAAAUAUUCAUGCAUUUUUAGCGAUAUUACAGCUCAGUCCUGCUUUACUUACACUGCCCAGACACCUACAUACAAUCACAAACUGAGGAUCAGCUACACGCUAAAGGCUGAUACACUGCGGAUAGAGAGGGGUCUUCAUUCACGAGUGGUCUUUGUUAAUCCUGAGGCUGCCCAGGGAUACCAGGAACUGUCUGAGGGCAAACAAGAGUGUAUCCAGACCCAGCUCAGGCUGCUGGGAAAUAUCCAGGAUAAGCUGACCAGCAUUUUCAUCAGCCUGUCUAUUUCUUUGCCGUCUAACAAUCCAAAACAGACAAUCAGAAACCUCCCUGGCUUAGAGCCAGUUCUGAACGCUCUGCAAGAACAUGCAACCAAAGCAGAGGUCACCUUUAGAAAUGCCGGCUGUGGAACUGACAACAUCUGUCAGAGUAACCUGCAGCUCAAAUAUAGGUUCUGCACCAGAGACCAACAACAAGACAAAUGUGACCCUCUAGCCAUGGGAAAUGAUAUUCCUGUAAUUUCUCCUGGUGAUAAGAAUGUUGCCCUGGAGGUCACUGUAACCAACAAAGGUGGAGAAGAUGCACACCAGAGCCAACUUUUUGUGACGUUUCCAGAAUUUCUGCAGCUAUCAUCAUUUGAGCUGAAGAAGAGUACUGUGCAGCAAGAUCAGGUGAAUUUUAACCCAAAUGAAAAUAAAACACAGGCUGAAUUCCAACUUGGAAAUCCUUUUAAAAGAGACUCAGAGGUUUCAUUCUUCAUGAUACUUAACAUAGGAAGGCUUUCCUUGAGAGUAACAAGCGCUAAAGUGACUAUGUUGCUAAAAACGAUCAGCAAUCAAAAUAUUCCAGUAGUCGUUGCAGAAGCAAAAAUUAUCUUUGAACUGCAUCUGAAAAUCACUGGUCUUGCUAAACCUUCCCAGUUAUUCUUUGGAGGAGAAGUAAAAGAUUUGAAAGCAAUGAAAUCAGAAGAUGAUAUCGGCUCUUUGGUCCAAUAUAAGUUCAGGAUCAGUAACGUUGGUCGGCCUCUGAAGUCCUUUGGUUCUGUUGUGCUGAACAUUCAGUGGCCAAAUGCAACCAAGGAGGGAAAACGGCUCCUGUACCUUGUGCAGAAUCUGCAGAUCAAGGAUCAUCGAGAAAAUAUUAUUCACUGCAUGCCAGCAGAUGCAAUCAACCCACUCCGAAUUACCAAGGCGUCAUCCAGAGGACGCCGUGAAGUAGAGCAUGAAUCAAGCCUGAAGGCUCUUGCCUCUGAUGUUUUUCCCUUUAUGGGCAACAGAAGAAAGUAUAAAAUCCUGACAUGUGCUGAUGAUUUAAGAUGUGUGGAGAUAAAGUGCCCUCUUGAGGCAGUGGACAGCACUACAGACGUUGUUUUUCACGCACGCUUGUGGAACAAUACUUUUCUUGAGGAGUAUAGUUCAUUGAACUACUUGGAUAUAGUACUGGAUGCGUUUUUGACUCUUAAUGCGACUCUGCAGAAUAUUGGGAUGCAGCCAUCCGAUAUUAAGGUGAAGCUAACGGUCUUUCGUGAGAGAAAGCCUGCUUUGUUCAGUCGAGUCCCGUGGUGGGUCAUUCUACUCAGCAUAUUGACUGCACUGUUUUUACUGGGUCUUCUCUUCUACCUGUUAAAGAAGUUUGAAUGCUUGAAUUGUGGAAUUUGUGCUAACGAAAAGAAGGUAUGCUAAGAAUCAGGACAGGACAGAGUUGUGUCUUCUCAGGAAGAUGGACAAAGCAGUUUUCUGAUUCUGUGGAGAUUUUAUUUUUUCUUGCACAGGUCAAAAAAAGUAUUUUUCUUCUUUGUUUUUUGUGUUUUUCUUUUUCUUUUUUUAUGUUGUCUAAAUAAAAUGUUGAGAAUUAAUAACUAAAUAAUCUACAAACAAAAAGUUGUAAACAUGUAACACUAAGGACAAAUGAUGCUACUCUGCUUACAUCACAUCUGAUUAACAUUGUCAUCUUACAAUGUUAAUCAUACAUUUCAGUAUCUAAUGCAGUGAAAGAACAAACUACAUUUACAUAGUAAUGUGCACUGUCUGUAAUGUUGGUGGUAGAGUAAAAUUUCCUUUCGCGAUGUGGUGUAUUUGACUGGAAUGACUCAAGUGUCACGGAGAAGGAGGCGGAGGUGUGCGCAGGAACAUCUUGAGGGCAGGUGUAAAGAUGAGAAUGGUGCCGAGCACAGAGACUGUGAGGAAGGCCCAGAGAAAAAUCCUGUCCAACACCUGAGCCACAAACUUCCAGUCCUGAACUACCUGGAAGAGUGAAGGAAUGUUCAUUAUCAUAACUAUCAUGACUGGCAUCUUCAUCAACAAAUAAUAGUCAACACUAAAAAAGUCAUU